AGCCGAAUUUGACAAGCAAACGGCGCAGCUUGGACUGUGCGGCAACCCGUAGCCCCCAUCCUUUCUCUUCCGGACUUCAGUUUGGAUGGAUCCCUUUAUUUUGGCGGGAGGAGCUGUCGACUAGGAGCUGCCUUCGACAAGGAACUGUUAGUCUUCGGGACUCUCGGCUCCGCGAGGAUCCGGCUUGCAAGUCCCCACCAAUCGCCUCGAGCUCCCUCUCCGCGGCCGGCAGCGGCGCAGCCGGAACUGCGCAAGCGCGGCGCCCCUGACCUCGUGGGGUUCACUUCCGGGGGUCGCGCCGCCCGGCUCUCCCGGCUGGGCUGUGCGCCCUCGUGUGUGCUGGGCGGCCGCCUAGCUGCGAUCGGCCCGGCGGGACCCACCCGGACCGAGCCGCAGGGCCCGCUCCAGCCCGGCCAUGAGCGCGGCCGCAUGAUGCGUCCCUGCCUCGGCCGCUGCAGUCGCCGCCGCCGCAGGCCGGGAGGAGCCGCAGCGCCGGGCGACCCCGCCCGGGCCUCGGAUCCUGUCACACAGGACACUAUGCACCUUAAGAUCCUGAAGAAGAGGCCAAGAUGUUCGAGUGAUGUUUAGAGAUCAUUUGUGAGGGUGCGCCGGGGAAAUCAUGCCGUCAUCAGGACACCGGCUUCGGGAUGUGGAACAUCAUCCUCUCCUGGCUGAAAAUGACAGUUACGACUCUUCGUCCUCCUCUUCCUCGGAGGCUGACGCGGCCGACAGGGUCUGGUUCAUCCGUGACGGCUGCGGCAUGAUCUGUGCCGUCAUGACGUGGCUCCUGGUCGUCUAUGCGGACUUUGUGGUGACAUUCGUCAUGCUGCUGCCUUCCAAAGACUUCUGGUACUCUGUGGUCAAUGGUGUCCUGUUUAACUGCCUCGCGUUGCUGGCUCUGUCGUCCCACCUGAGAACCAUGCUCACCGACCCCGGCGUCACUGGCCUCAGUGCACCCCGCCAUGGCUCCUGGAGUCCGGUCCCACAGAUGUGUUGUUCACGGAGAAGCUCUGCUGCCCAGAGAACAAGGCCCUCCGUGCCCGCUGCACAGGCCUCACCUGCUCCUGGCCGCCCGCGCUCCACCUCGGCCAGCAUGUGGGACACCAGCAAAUGCACCAUCGCCACCCUAAUGCUCUCCUCCCGGGGCCGAGCCCCCCUCGUCAGCCCCUGCAUCGGGUCAGGUGUUCAGGGCCACACUUUCCAGGGGGCGGUACCCAAAGGAAAUGCUACUAAAGAGUACAUGGAGAGUUUGCAGCUGAAGCCUGGAGAGGUCAUCUACAAGUGCCCAAAGUGCUGCUGCAUCAAGCCUGAGCGCGCCCACCACUGCAGUAUUUGCAAAAGAUGUAUUCGAAAAAUGGAUCAUCACUGCCCGUGGGUGAACAACUGUGUAGGAGAAAAGAAUCAGAGAUUUUUUGUGCUCUUCACUAUGUACAUAGCUCUGUCCUCAGUCCACGCUCUGAUCCUCUGUGGACUCCAGUUCGUAUCCUGUGUCCGAGGGCAGUGGACUGAAUGCAGUGACUUCUCACCUCCGGUGACUGUAAUCCUGUUGAUCUUCCUGUGCCUUGAGAGUCUUCUGUUUUUCACUUUCACUGCAGUUAUGUUUGGCACCCAGAUCCACUCCAUAUGCAACGAUGAAACGGAGAUCGAGAGGCUGAAGAGUGAGAAGCCGACGUGGGAGCGGAGACUACGAUGGGAGGGGAUGCGGUCUGUCUUCGGAGGGCCCCCCUCCCUCCUCUGGAUGAACCCCUUUGUCGGCUUCCGGUUUGGGCGGCUGCAGACCAGACCCAGGAAAGGGGGCCCAGAGUUCUCUGUCUGAGGCCUCAGCAUGCCGGGACUUGUCAACCGACUCCAAGUUAUUUAUCUGGGGUCUGAAAGGGUAUCAGCAGCUCACCUGUGACCAUGAUGGCAGACGGAACCUACGCAGAUCAGCUGCGUGCAGCAAGCAGAGUUUUCUAUAUUUAUAGUCACAGAUUGCAGAAUUUCGAAACCAGUGACGGGGGGACGCUCUGGCCAGUUUUCGCCUGUAUGACUAACGAGAGGUAUGUGGCCACGUGAAGAAGCCAAAUGUCAUUAUCUUCCUGCACAGGAUUUUUGUCAAGAACACUUAGCAUUUUCUAAGAAGUUGUGUGGGAUAUUCCAUGGGUGAUUAAAAUCCUGUGUAUUAAGCUGCUUUUUUCAAUCAUGAAGAAAAAAAAAGUCAAUCCAGUGAAUAAGAAUUCUCCAGCUAAUGGUUUUAGGGUAUUCCUGUUGACCCUGGGCUUCAUUAGUGCACUCCCUUGAGCAAGAAGGGGCGUUUACAUAGAAACAUUUUGGUCUCAAUGAGCUCUGACACUUUGCACUGAAUUUGCAAAAGAUCUGUGCACUGAACAGUGAAGGUGGCUUUAGAUUCACUCCCACUGCCCUGGAAGAGGGGUGCUUUGACCCUUUCAGCAAGUGUGUGUGUGUGUGUGUGUGUGUCUGUCUGUCUGUCUGUCUGUGCGUCUGCGAGUGUGUGCGUGUGCAUGUGUGCUUUAAAAUUGGCAGUGUUGUUUAGGUGACAUAACAGGUAAUAGCUGCGUGCAGCCAACGAGCUGUUUUUUUAGAAACCAACGUUUCAGGGAAGAGGGGAAGCUGCCACGGGACCCUUGUCCCGUGGGGUUUACUAUGAAUGUAUUGCAUUUUGGAGAAUAUCUUGAUCCAAAGAACAAUCACUCCUGUGUGGUCCUUCGUUGCCCUCCUGUUUUAACUUCGUUUUAAAGAUCUUGGGUGCGUGAGGGCCUUGGAACGGAUGUGGUUUUUUUCCCAGCCAAGUCAGCAGUAUAUGCACGGCACCUCAGUAAGAGAACAGUGAAGGCUCAUGGGGGCCUAAUACUUUGUGCAGCCGGAUGUCGUUUUGGGUGUGGAGGAGGGCGGGCCUGGCCACAGUGACUCACAGAGACAGACAGCUGUGGGCCUCUGGGCAUCACUGAGAAUGUGAGGGGACUCCAAGGCAGAGCCCCAGGACUCUGAGCCUCACUCACUUGCAGAGAGUAUUCAGGAUGGCAACAGCUUUAUUUUUUGUAUCAUUUCUGUUUCUCUACCCAUGUCACAAAUGAUAAAACAGGACCUUUGGUGCAGAGCUUAAAAUGCUAUCAGAAAGCAAACAGCUCCCCUCCUUGGGGACUCGCCUUAAACUCGCCUGGUCUGUACCUGUUCUGCGGGGCUCGUGAGGAAGCGAUCCAUGACACAGCCCUAGGCUCUCUUGCGAGCCUGCCUGCACGCUGAGAAGAGUCGGUGUUUCCUUCCUGGCUUUGACGCCCUUCCGUUCAUCUGUGAACUGUUAUGUUUCUGUGGGAAUUAAUCUGUAUCCUCUCCUAAUCAGGGCUUCUGCCACUGCUGAUGCAGAUCCCCAGGGGGACCUACCUGAGACACAGCUGUUGCCAGGUGAGCAAAGCUGGGGGGGGGGUGUCUCGGAAAUGGACCGAGUCUCUGCACACUUGUGUGAGCCAUGGGGGAGGGGCCGUGUCCCUGCUAGAGGGACAGGCCCAAGGGGGACCGGACACGACAAGCGUCCAGAGGUCGUGUUGCAUAUUCAUUUGCACAUCCGUUGUCUGGGGUGGACUUGUGUGUUCGGCUUCAGUGUGAGGCUUUUAAAAUGUAUACCUGUUUAUCAAUAAAAACAUGGUCGAAGUGGUUGAA